UUUCCCGUUAUCUUUCCCGCUAUUUGACGUUCGAGCGCCAUUUCCCAACUUUCAAGCAUCUCGAGGGCAGGCAAUGAUGAAGGCACUGCUUUUCAUCGCCUUGGUCUCUGGUGGAGCGUGGGCUCAAAGCCCAUGCGAGCUUACGGACAGAAUAUGUCUGACUCAAACCACUCUGCAAAUCGGAUCGCCUUUCUCCCUUUACCUCUAUUUCGCUGGAUUUCAACAAAAGGAUCCGGCCAAAUGGACAAUAUCCCUUUUUAAGGGAGACUUGCGGGCAAACCCUCAAACCGAUCCUUGCCGUCCCGGCCAACAAUUGAUUUACAAGUGGGAAGCACCCCCGUUUACCGUCGUAUCGACAAAUGUUGCCAAAGGGGAUUUGGUAAUUGAUCCAAAGGUUGUGAAUACCAUUGCUGGCGACAAUCAGUACUUUUUUCAAGCCACGGAUGGGACGCAAGGAGUUUGUCCCAUGGGGCCCUUUGCAGGGGUGACGCACGUCCAACUGGCUCUUGCGACUACCUCCUCCACAACAGCACCAGCAACAUCGACCACGUCGACCGCCGCACCCACCACCGUUAAGGAAGCUCCAGCCCAAACACCGCCAGCAGGUGUCUUCCCGACUGGGCCUACUGCUCCCGCCACUGCAAGCAGCUCCUCGUCGUCAUCACCAAACGUUGGAUUAAUUGUGGGUGUCAUUUUCGUCGCAUUGAUAAUAUUAUCCGCUGGCGGACUCUUCUUCUUUCGACGAAAACGAAAGAACAAGCGAAACUGGGGAAUGGAGGGCGGCGCAGGUGCUGCUGCUGCGUCUGCCGCAGUUGUGGGAUCGUCCAAGCCAAACAUGUCAGAACGAAAGGAGACUAUUGGAUCAUUGGCUCCAUCCGAAAGUGCCUCGCUUGCCAGGCUCGUUUCUAUACACCCAGAUCCAGAAGACGAAAUUUUUGUUGGACCGCCAAUACCUGCCUCAUUGGCUAGACCGCAAUCAGCAGCAGCUUUGGCAGCCGAAUCAACAGCCACCGCUCCUCUCCUUCCAUCUUUGACCACUCAACCAGAAAUCGCCACACCCCGCCUCAGCUCCGCAACCGACCCAUUCUCGGAUGUUCAUGCAGAUCCCUUCUCCGAUCCCAUUCCACCACCACAACCUCCACCAUCGUCAUCACACCGCCGUUCCAUUCUGGCGUCGCUCCACUUGGACCGUGACUUGGUCUCUAAAACUCCUGUGUCUUCCAGCAGCACGUCUGCAAACGAUCGACAUGCCUUUGCUCUGAUGGUUGCACAGGCGUUCCGAAAGGAGCUUAACGAUCCACAGAUGGAGUGGGAUCGAAAAAGUGGUGAUUCAACAGAGAGUGACAGGGAUCAACCGUCUGCCUCGUAGCAUGUGACCUGGUCGGUUUUUGUAUAGAUUCUGAAUGUAGAUGGGUCGACCGAGUAAUGAUAGUGAGCGUAAGGACGUUUAGGACAUUGGUACCCUCCGUAGCAUGUUUGUUUUCUUCUUCUUGAGAACCCUCAUUCACAUAUGUGCAUUUGGGUAGUGGCUGCUGUCAUGCAGUGUUCUAGUAGUUUGUAACUGUUACAUUUUGUCUUUCUUUUGUAUCUAAUUUCACUUUGUGUUCUAUUGAUGAAAAAGAUGAACUAUGCACUUUUGCUGAGAAA